UGAUCAGCUGUGUCCAAUCACAGCUGAUUGCAAGCUGUCACACUGACAGCUCACUGAUCAUCAGGGCACUGAUGAUCAGUGUGCCUUGAUGAUCAGUGUAGCCCCAGCAGUGCCACCUGUCAGUGUCCAUCAAUGCCAGCUGUCAGUGCUCAUCAAUGCCACCUGCCAGUGCCCAUCAGUGCCACAUCAAUGCCACAUAUCAGUGCCUACCAGUGCACAUCAAUGCCGCAUAUCAGUGCCUACCAGUGCACAUCAAUGCCACAUAUCAGUGCCCAUCUGAGCUGCCUUUCAGAUCCACCUUUCAGUGCCAGUCAGUGCCACCUAUCAGUACUGCCAAUCAGUGCCACCUAUCAGUGCCAGUCAGUGCCGCCUAUCAGUGCCAAUCAGUGCGUAUCAGUGCCACCUAUCAGUGCCUGUCAGUGCUGCCUAUCAGAACCGCCUAUCAGUGCCAAUCAG